ACCGGCGUCUGGCUCUCGGCUCCCAUAUUUUCUGAUCAAUCCCUUUACGAAAAAAUGGAACAGAAAAUAUGUUUAGUUCUCUCAACGCAUAUAUAAACUUGCAAAAAAUACAGUUUAGUCAAAAAUAUAACCAAAAAUGAUUAGGUCCUACAAAAAAAAAAAAAAAAAAAUGCGCACCUCAUCAAGUACCACUACAAAAGCCUUGUGAGCAGCUGGUACUCUUUUGUCAUUAACGUUGGUAAUUGAGCCACAAUGUAUCAGAUCCCUUCAAAACUCACUAAACUACGUGUUACGUUGAACGAAAAUGUGGACAACAAAAUUAUUUGUGUUGGAUAGUCAAAAAAUAUUGAAGCUCUAUCUAGCAAUUUAUCUUCAACAUACAGAAGAUCGCCGGUCACAAGGUUAUGUUGAAGGUCCAUCUCCAAAUUUUUAACAGUAAUAUUGCAACCAUAAUCAGUCAGUGAUGUAAUCAACAAACAAACAAAAAAUAAAAAUAAAAAAAUGGCAACACCAUAUGUUCAGAAAGUUCACUUGGGCAAUAUGGCCUCAGCUUACCAUAGUGGUGAAACAGUGUUUGAGUGUAAUAAAGCAGUUAAAAGUACAUUUAAUUGUUUACAGUGCAAUAUUGAAUAUGCAAGUUGUCCUGCUUGUGAUCAGCAACGUGGUGUUAAAUGUGUACGUCGAAGGAGCAAGAGUGAGGGAAUAGAAGCAGAUCCCUUGAGAGAACAUAACCGACUCCAAGAGACAAGCUAUGACGUUCAACAUUGGAAGAGAAAAAUAGUGAGAGAGUAUGAUUCUCACAACCGUAUUUGCCGUCAGGAUCCUUGUAGAAAUGAUGUAAAUGAAGAAUUAUAUUCACGGUCAGAACCAUUUAUACAGCCUAUGGAAAUAGAUAUGGGUAUAGAACAUAAAUUUCCGCCCAAUAGAAUUCUUUCACCGGUAAAAAAGUUCAGAGAAAGGCUUCUACCACCAAACCACCAUAAUUUAAAGACUCAUGAUCACAGCAGAUUAACACACAAUACUUUGGUUCAACAAUUGGGUGAGAAUGCUAGGCAGUUGGAUGAAGCCUGUGAUAGAUAUGAUCCUAGUCUGGGGAGGGUGAGAUCUGUGCCAAAUUCUUCUCAAAGGAAACCUUCGAAAGCUCACUGUAGGAAAAACUUCCCAUCUAAUAACCAGCCUUGGGGGGAUGGUGCCCACAAUAAUUUUGUAUAUUCACCAUCAGAAACAUUUUCUGUCAGUGGCAAUCGUUAUAAUAGCUCUCCACUUAAACAGAAUGUGGCUAGAAAUGAAAGUCCUGUGUUUGAUGAUGACUUUUACUCAAGACUUCCCUUUCAGGAAGUUCCAAGUGAUGUUCGGGACACAUAUUUACGUGAUGUGGAGGCAAUCCGAAGUAAGUUACGUGAAUUACGAGGUAGCACUGAUGGUAAACGCAUGAGACAGAGAAGUGAAUCUGAACCUGGUGUUGGAAAUGGAGGAAUUCCAGCUGGAUCAUCAUGGGAGCCAAAAAGAGCCAGAGACAUUUCCCCAAAACUUCCAGAAUGUAACGGCCAUGUCAGAAUGGGUGAAUGCACCUCCAGACGAAAGAUGUCCUCAAGUUUGUCAGAUCCAGUCUGCAGUUACUUACCAUCACAAAAUCAUCCAUGUCAUCGCCGUGAAGCGAAGCUUCCCUGUAUCCCUCUGCAACCGAGCUGUGACGACUUCUCCAGAACUCUUCAGCUUCACUCGAGUGAUCGGAGUAUCUCCCUAGACUCAAGCCUUCACAAUAAUUACAGUGGAGAAGAUGGUGACAGUAAAGGUGAGCCAGCAGAAGACAGUGAGGAAGAUACUCGUUCAGCAGUUAGCAGCCUAACAACUGUAUCCACAGAUUCGAACACUCCCUCUGUUGUAGGUGAAUCUUUGGGAUCAAUUUCACUUAAUGACACAUCAUCAAAAAGGAUUAUCAAAGUAGAAGCUGUGACUACGACAGAACCCUGCAACCAAUCACAAGCAUUGAGGACUAGUCUCUUCUCAUAUGUUCCUCCGUAUAUCAGAUUUUGUAUGCAUGAUGAAAAAGGUGAACCUCUGCCAUAUGAAAUAGGUCGCCACAUGAAAUGGAAAUUGAGCACUAUAACACCGUUGGUUGUUAGGCGAACUCUAGUAAAUUCUGGAUUCAGACUUGUGAGAAAAUCAAAUGACUGGUGUGGUACUUGGGGAAAGCAUAUGAAAUCCUUUUGUUUCAAAACACUGAAGGACUUUCAAAAAGUAAAUCAUUUUCCUGGCACAUUUCAGAUCGGUCGCAAGGAUCGACUUUGGAAAAAUCUAUAUCGCCUUAUGACGAAAUUUGGUAAAAAAGAGUUUGGAUUCAUUCCUCGAACCUAUGUGUUACCACAGGAUAGCAAGAUGUUACGUCAGGCUUGGGAGAAGAAUUGUGGAAAGGAGAAGUGGAUUAUCAAACCUCCUGCAUCAGCAAGAGGAACGGGCAUUAAAGUAAUACAUCGAUGGGCGCAGAUACCAAAGAGAAGACCAUUGGUUGUUCAGAAGUACAUUUCACAGCCAUAUUUGAUAAAUGGCAGUAAGUUUGAUUUACGCUUGUAUGUUCUUGUUACAAGUAUCAAUCCUCUGCGGAUUUAUAUUUAUGAUGAUGGCCUGGUAAGAUUUGCAUCAGUUAAAUACUCUGGUGACAUGGCAUGUCUAAGUGACAGAUACAUGCAUCUCACAAACUACAGCAUCAAUAAAAUGAGCAGCCAGUACACACAGAAUGAAGAUGCAUCAGCAUGUCAGGGACACAAAUGGACAGUCAAAACACUGUGGAGUUACCUGGAGAAGGAUGGUGUUGAUGUUAAGGCAUUGUGGGACAGUCUUGUGGAUCUUGUUAUCAAGACAAUCAUCAGUGGGGAAUCUUCCAUAAGUCAACUAACACGUGCAAAUCUUGUUUCCCGUUACUGCUCAUAUGAACUUUUUGGAAUUGAUGUCUUGUUGGAUGAAGCUCUGAAACCUUGGUUGCUUGAGGUAAAUAUUUCACCAUCACUGCAUUCAUCAUCUCCACUUGAUCUGGCUGUAAAGGGUCCAAUGGUGUGUGAUCUCAUGAACAUGGCAGGUUAUCAGAUACCCAACAAGCUACAUUCUUCACUGCAGGAAGAAUUACUAAAUCGUUUUGGACUGAAAGGUCGAGUUACGAAUCUUUGUUUUGAUAAACGUCUGUAUACAACAGUUUUAUCAAAGGAGGAACGUGCAAAACACAACCAUCACCUGCAAAACAGCACACGCCAAGAGUACCUAGAAGACAUCUUACAAGAUUUGACUCCUGAUGAUGUGAGACACCUUAUUCAAUCUGAGGAUGAACUCACCCAGGCUGGCAGAUUCAUAAGGAUAUUUCCAACACCAUACACUUACACGUACCAUGAAUUUUUUGAAUCUCCUAGAUAUUACAAUAUGGUGUUUGAUGCUUGGGAAAAUAAAUAUUACAGCAACAGACAAGAAGGUAUUGAUGUUCUGGAAUCACUUUGUCGUAAAAAAGUACACCUGGCUGUACCAGUCCCCACACCAGGUGCAAAGUUUUCUGUCAACCACCUAAAUCCUCAGGCUCACAGCCCCAACACACUCAGUCUCAAAGGUGCCCACAAUUUACAGAGUUGUCAGGAGGCAUUCGAAGAAGCAACUGAGAGCAGACCUACACCUGAAAGGAAGGUGCUCAGUUUAUCAUCUGUAGCACUGCACCGCGCUGCCCGUCCCAGAAGUGGGAAGUUGGGUGUAGUCCUGAAACCUUUUCCUCGGUCUGGUUAUAUAGUUCGCAAACCAAAGUCGUCAACAACACUGUCUGAACUGCAAACCUCAAGUGAUGAUGCAAAUACGGAAUGUGACUCCUACGAUGAUGAAAUGAAGAUUCCAGCAAAUAACGAGAGACAUAUAAAUGACAGUAAACUGUGUUCUUCCAUAUGCAUUCAGGAUUCUUGAAACCAAGUGUUUCUUGGAGUUUAUUAACUGUUACAGGAUCUUCUGAAAGGUUUUAUGCUGUGAGAAUGUCAUUUUUGAUACAAGAAUUUUUUUAUAAUGAUGUUAUGGGAAAAUCACACAUUCCAGGUCGUAACAGAUAAUUGUGUCAUGUUCCUGUGUUUGUGGAGAAUAUUGUGGGCAUCUUGUGUGUAAAUUGUUUUGUAUGACUUUUGAAGUGCUGAUACAUGUGAGAUUACUAAAUGCCGUUGAUAGUUGAUUUCAGAAUAACCUUUUUGUACAGUAAUAUACAUAAAAAGAUUUGUUACAAAGUAAUGGAAGAAUUUCAGUUAUUGCCAUUGCUUCCAUGUCAUGGCACUGUUUGGUAAAGAAAUUAGGUUUUAUAAAUGCAGAAUUUGACAAGCACAGAGUUAUUAAUAUAAAAAUCCAUGCUAUAUAAUUGACAAUAAUUCAUUCAUUUUUGUUCAAAUUGUGGUUCAGUAUUGAUACACAAGAUGAAAUUGUUCUUCCUGCUUUGUCUUGUUGAUUUUGACACGUCAAAUUUAUGUCUUUGUUUUCAGUGUUCUGAGUUCCUUCAUUGAUUGUUUGUUAAGACAAUGCUAAUUCUUAAAAAAGAAGUUAUUGUCUCCAGAACUGUUCCAAACAAACCACUAGUAUUUGUGUUAUUGACAAACUUAAAAGUUUUUCAAAAUUUACUAUUGGUAAGAACUAUAGUAUUUUGUUCCAAUGCUUCUUUUAGACUGCAUUUCUUGAUAAAUUUUAAUGCAUUUUAUUUUUUUCACAUCCUGCAUAUCUUUUACCACAGUAAAUUUAAUUUGAAUAAAAAACUGUUCUUUUUUUUA